AUGGCCUCUUCCACGACCUUCCUUGUUCUCACCACUCUUCUUGCACUGCUCUCAUGGCAAGUCAUUGCUUCUGAUCCAAGCCCUCUGCAGGAUUUCUGUGUAGCUGACAAGGAUUCUCAAGUGCGUGUCAAUGGCUUUGUUUGCAAAGACACAAAGGAUGUCAAGGCAGACGACUUCUUCCUAGCAGCAAACCUCGACAAGCCAAGGGACACGACAGUUAGCAAGGUUGGGUCAAACGUCACACUGAUCAAUGUCAUGCGGAUUCCUGGCCUCAACACCCUUGGGAUCUCCUUGGCAAGGAUUGAUUAUGCUCCACUAGGAGAGAACCCUCCUCACACGCAUCCCCGUGCUACUGAGAUCCUAACUGUGUUGGAGGGCACACUCUAUGUCGGAUUCGUGACAUCGAACCAAAACAACGUUAACAAGUUAUUCACCAAGACUCUCAAUAAGGGCGAUGUGUUCGUAUUCCCAGAGGGACUCAUCCACUUCCAGUUCAACCCUUGCCCCGACAAGCCUGCAGUUGCACUUGCUGCACUUAGCAGCCAGAACCCUGGUGCUAUUACCAUUGCCAAUGCUGUUUUCGGAUCGAAGCCACCGAUAUCUGAUGAUGUCCUAGCCAGGGCAUUUCAAGUGGAGAAGAAGACUGUGGACUGGCUCCAGGCUCAGUUCUGGGCUGACAAUCACAACUAA